CACAUACAUGCACACACAUGACAUGCACAUAUGCACAUACAUGCAUACACGCUCACACUUGCACACACACAUACAGUAGUCUCUUGGUAUCUGUAGGAAACCCCCUGUGGACACUAAAACCCGAGGAUGCUCAAGUCCCUUAGAUACAAUGACACAGUAUUUGCAUACAACCUAUGCACAUCCUCCCAUAUACUUUAAAUCAUCCCUAGAGUACUUGCAGUACCUGAUACAAUGUAAACGCCAUGUAAAUAGUUGUUAUACAGUGUACAGACGCAGCCAUCCUUUUCUUCCCCAAUUAUUUUCGACUGGAGAUUGGUUGAAUUGAUGGUUAUGGAACCCGCGGAUACCAAGGGCCAACUGUACACUUUACACACGUAUGCACAUGCACACAUAGUCUCUCUCACACACAAAGGGCCUACUGUACACUUUACACAUGUAUGCACAUGCACACAUACACACACACACAGUCACACACACACACAUACCAAGGGUCAACUGUACACUUUACACACGUAUGCACAUGCACACACACACAGUCUCUCACACACGGGCCUACUGUACACUUUACACAUGUACGCACAUGCACACAUACACAGUCUCACACACCCCAAGGGCCAACUGUACACUUUACACACGUAUGCACAUGUACACACAGUCUCACACACACACAAGGGCCUACUGUACACUUUACACACGUAUGCACAUGCACACGCAGUCUCACACACACACACGGGCCCACUGUACACUUUACACACGUAUGCACAUGCACACACAGUCUCUCACACACACGGGCCUACUGUACACUUUACACAUGUACGCACAUGCACACAUACACAGUCUCACCCCAAGGGCCAACUGUACACUUUACACACGUAUGCACAUGUACACAGAGUCUCACACACACACAAGGGCCUACUGUACACUUUACACACGUAUGCACAUGCACACAUACACAGUCUCACACACACCCCAAGGGCCAACUGUACACUGUACACACAUGCACAUGCACACACACAGUCUCACACACACACCAAGGGCCUACUGUAUACACACGUAUGCACAUGCACACGCAGUCUCACAUCACACACACAGACACCCGCAUUUUCUCUCUCAGGAUGGACUUGGCUGUUCCAGAAGAAUAUACCCCGUGUGUCCCAUCGCCUCUGCUGGAGUCCCAGUGUGGCAGCCCCUUUUGACAGCAGCUCCCACAGUCUCACUACUGCACAGGAAGCCACAGCGCCAGUUCAUCAAGGCAGAGAUAUCAGUGAACCAGUAAAAUUAAAACCAAAACCAAGACACAGAGAGAGAGAAUGAAAAGGAAACGUGGGGACAGACAGGAGCACAAUCUUCAACUUUGCCAAAUAAAGACAUGAAAAACUAACCGCCA